AUGAGAUUCAACAAGAACAGAAGUAUGCACUUAGAUGAUUAUCACAUCACAGGUCACAGUAACAAGAAAUUGGAAGGAGACCAAAUGUCCGUCAGUGGGAGAAUGGCUUUUAAGAACCCAGCCACUACUAACCGAAGUGGAGUUACUGGAUCAAAGGGCACUUCAUAUUUAACAGACAUUGUGUGGUGGGCUGGUACAAUUGCAAUGGCUGUUGGCCAGAUUGGGAACUUCUUGGCUUACACGGCAGUCCCCACGGUCCUGGUGACGCCUCUAGGGGCCCUUGGAGUACCGUUUGGGUCCAUUUUAGCUUCUUAUCUUCUGAAGGAAAAGCUCAACAUUUUGGGAAAGUUGGGGUGUCUGCUAAGCUGUGCUGGCUCGGUUGUGCUGAUUAUUCAUUCCCCCAAAUCUGAGAGCGUGACAACUCAGGCUGAGCUGGAGGAGAAACUGACCAAUCCAGUGUUUGUGGGCUACCUGUGCAUCGUGCUCCUCAUGCUGCUGCUCCUCAUCUUCUGGAUCGCCCCAGCCCAUGGGCCCACCAACAUCAUGGUCUAUAUCAGCAUUUGUUCCUUGCUGGGGAGUUUCACCGUGCCUUCCACUAAGGGAAUUGGGCUGGCAGCCCAAGACAUCUUCUACAACAACCCUUCUAGUCAGAGAGCCCUCUGCCUGUGCCUGGUGCUCCUGGCUGUGCUUGGCUGCAGCAUCAUCAUCCAGUUCAGGUACAUCAACAAGGCACUGGAGUGCUUUGAUUCCUCAGUGUUUGGGGCCAUCUACUAUGUCGUGUUCACCACGCUGGUCCUGCUGGCCUCAGCCAUUCUGUUCCGGGAGUGGAGCAACGUGGGCCUGGUGGACUUCUUGGGCAUGGCCUGUGGCUUUACUACGGUCUCUGUCGGGAUUGUCCUCAUCCAGGUCUUCAAGGAGUUCAAUUUCAACAUUGGGGAGAUGAACAAAUCUAAUAUGAAAACAGACUAGGAUGAAACAGAGUGUUGGGUGGUUUGAGGAGCAAGAAAUGGAUAUAGUUUCUGGUUUCAAUGCAAUGUGAAGUAGAAGAAAUCUUAAAUAACUGAUAUUAAAAUUGCCUAAAAUGGAUGACCUGGUAGACACACGACCACACCUUACAACCACUUGCAGUAGAGUCCCAGCCCUCUGGAGGCUGAAAUUGCCAAGGUUGCCUGAGUGUCUUUGCACUGAAGAGAGGAAUCUCAUUUUCAUUGUCAUUAACCUGGAAGCUUUCAUGAAUACUCUUUCCUUUUAAAACAAUUUAAGCAGAAAAUAAAGAUGGUGUCUUUUGGUUAGUUUUUUUAUAUAAAAGAGCAGAUAUUCUUACUUAAAGUACUUUGGAAAUGAGUAGUGUUUUGAAUUUGACUGUGGAAUAAAUUCUUUGGUUGUUGUGUUAUUUUGCAUUAAGCAUGUACAACAUUUAGGUACUGCCUUAGUUAUCUAGUCAGCUGUUCAAAUCCACCAGUUGCUCCGUGUAAUAAAGGUGCUGUAAGUUUAAAGUCUUGGAAACCCAAAAGGGCAGGUCUAUGCUGUCUUACAGGUCAUGAUGAGUUAGAAUCAGCAGUGAGUUUGUUUGUUUUUUACCACAUUCUGUUUCAGCAAAAAUUGCGGCUUUUGAUUAGGGUUCUGAGCCCUCAGAAUAAGUAAGAUUUAACUUGAGAAUAAGGCUGUUAAGUGAGAGAAUAACUGUUAAGUAGCACAUAUAUUGACUUCUCUUUCAGGAGGACAAGUCAAUAAAGGACAUGUGUAGGCUUUGUCUAGUUUCUACAAAUCAGAACACUCAUAGCUUCUUUGAUAGUGGUUUUUCCAAAGAAUUUCUAGCAUAAAUGAAAACAAUUGCUUUAGCUCUUUCUUUGAGAUUUCAUAACAUCUCACAGUUUUUAAACUAAGCUCUCAUUAAACUUCCUAAAUAACCACUCAUUAUGCUAAUAUUUUGAUCAAAGAGAUCAUUUUUCUAUUGGUUGCACAAAGCAAUGCAACUAUUUCAUGGACUUUGUGUGUUAUGUUAUCCAAAUAGGGAACUAUACGAAAGUGAAAAUUGGGUAAAUUAGAUUACAAUUAAGUAGAACAUAAAAUUGAAUAAAACCUUACUAAAUUACUUGCAAAGGAAAAGAAUGCAUUUUUUAGGGGAGGUGAAAAACAUUUCUAAAGUAAAGACCCAAGAAAUAAUUCUCUAAUCGAUUGAACAAAGAAACAAAACUAAAUGAGAAUAGUUUAACAUAGAGCAAAAAAUUCCUUUAUAGAUGAGAACAACAUGUAAUAAUAACUGUGGCUCACAGGUUGCCAAUCAUUUGUGACUAAUGUUAACAGCAAAAUUCUUUUUUAAGAAUUUAAAAUCUUAUGUUAACUAAAAGUUAAUAAAUGCCUAAAAUAUCUUUAUUAGUUAUUUAAGUCCUGCUGUUAAUAAUUAAUAUUUUUAGAAGCAUCAAUAGACUUUUAUUUAUUGAACUGAACUUUCUACAAAUACAGUGCAGCAGUAACAAUAUGCAUUUAGGCAUAACAAUAUUUUUCUAGGUAAUUUUGAGGUAUUCAGAGAGUACAUAUGGUUAUUCAGGCAACAGAAGAAAGUAUGUGUGUCUCCUCAUGGAAAUUAUAAUUUUAAUUUUGAUAGAAUUUAUAUGUGAAGUUUAAUGUUAAUGCAUCGAUCAGUGUACAUUAUCAUAUUUUAAUUUACAAUUAUGCCCUGGUUAUUAAGGGGUGAUAUUUCUCUGGAUUAUCUUCUCUAUGAUUUUUUUAGAGUAAAAAAAAUCUCAAAGUAUUAGUAGCUCUUAUUAAGCAUGACUGGUCCCAACAGUUAGACUUCUAUAGGCUUAACCUGUUCAGCAAAUUGCAUCAGAUAUAUUCUUCCAGUGGAACAAAGCUUAUAUCAUCUGUUAUAUGGUGGCAUAGUGGUUACCGAUAGGGAUAUGAUCUGCAAGGUCAGCAGUUUGAAACCACCAGCUGCUCUC